CCGUCCUUCUGAAUUGAAAGGCCUCGUAUGAAGAGUUCCUUCGCAGGUAAAAUUCGUUUAUUUGGAUAUAGAGCCGCUUUAGAGCCCAACAGACUUGCAUCAGCAAUCUUUUAUGGGCAAUCAGCAAUCCAAAUGGAAGAGGAGGGCUCAGAGGCCAUUCUUUAAUUCAUCUCCUUAUGUCCCUCUUGGCUCUUCUUCUCCCUCUUCUCAAGCCCAACCAUUACUAGAUCCUUAUAGUCCUUUGGAAGCAAACUAUCCACAGUUGCCUAAUUUUGCUCAUGAAAAGAUUGAUGAAGAUUAUAAAAGGGAAAGUGAAGCACUUAGGAAGAAAAUUUUGGACCUUGAGAAGAAAGUCAAUGAACUGAUGCAGAAAGUCAAUGAACUACAGUUGAGGCAACCAAAGGUGCUGCAUGUGAAAGACCAUGGAGCUGACAUUCAAAAGGAUCAUGAGAAAACUUCCACUCUUGAAUUGGAGAUAAACAAAAUGAAAGAGAGGCUCAUCAUGCUCGAAGUUUGUUCCAUCAGUGGUUCUGUGGGGAAUGGAAUCAAUGUUGCAACAACACACGAACAAAGUUCUAUUGUUGAACGCCAGGCAAAUCAGUUGCAGUCGGAGAUCAUGCCUUUACAUUCCGCCGCUAAUAAUGGCACUGAAAAAAUUGAACGCCAGAAAUCUAUCCAAUUUGAGGAAGACUUGCAUGCUGGACUCAUCAUUGUCAUAUUUCUGAUUUCCGUACUUAUGGGGAUGCUUAUGAAAUGAAUUUCACAAGUUUCUUCAGAUUGAUCUGGC